GAAAGUGUUUGCUUAACUUGUAUAAAAGUCUUAUCCUCUCACGCCUUGACUACGCAUCUAUAAUUUACAAUUCAGCAACGCCCAGUGCAUUAAAAAUCCUAGACCCCGUCCACCACCUGGGUAUCCGUCUCGCGACCGGUGCUUUCAGGACAAGUCCAAUCCAGAGCCUGUACGUAGAGUCGAAUCAGUGGUCGCUUCAUCUCCAGCGGUCAUACAACAGUUUCACGUAUUUUCUGAAAGUACAAGCAAACAUUAAACAUCCUUCUUACUCAACUAUAAAUGACAUGACCGCUGCCACACUCUUCCAUAAUCGACCUGCAGCGAGAAAGCCGUUCUCUUUACGUGUGAGGAAUCUUAGGGCACGUUCACACUGGGGAAUCCGGCGUCUGCAGCGAACGGAAUUCUUGUGCCGCCGAAAUUCGCGCCGUUCACACUGCUUGCCCACCGCGCCGCCGGAACGCGAUACAGCGCCAUCUGCGGUGUAAAGCGCUAACCUCCGAACAAGCGCGGGAUAUACCGGAUGUGUCCACAGCGCCGAAACUGCGCAGUUAUCUCCGCUCGCGUUGAGUUCGCCUGGUUUUAUUUUUCGCCUCAUCGCUGCAAGCAACGACAAUGAACACUGAGCAAGAAGAGGCAGUACUGCUAGGCUUGUUGGCAAGCACUUUUCUGGCGAUGCAUGACGCGGAGAAGCAUUCGCAGAAGAGACGACGCCAGCGGCGGUGGUGGGUUCGUCCUGCUUUGCAAGAGCGCGAAAAGCUUGGUCACGCCACCAAACUACUACCCUUUCUGCGAGAUCGCGACGUGGAGUACUACCGAGAGUACUUAAGGAUACCUCCACGUACUUUCGACACGCUCGUGCAGCUUGUCGGACCCCACAUUCGGAAGAAAGACACUAAUUUCCGGAAAGCAAUCAACCCCGAGCACCGGCUUGCGCAAACUGUCAGGUUCUUGGCUGCAGAGGAAACUCUCCACUCAUCUUGUUUCAGUUUCCUAAAUGGACGCUCGACAGCAUGUGGCAUUGUGUCGUCGGUGUGCCAGAUUGCAAGCGACUUCGAGGAACAGUGGAACAUGCCCCACUGUGUGGGCGCAAUCGAUGGAAAACAUGUUGCCAUCGAAUGCCCCUCAAAAUCAGGAAGUGAGGACUACAACUACAAAAACUGUUUCAGUAAAUCACUGCUUGCUAUCAGCGACGCCUGCUACAGAUUUCUGUACGUAGAAAUAGGACACCACGGGAGUGACUCAGAUGGUGGAGUGUUCAGCCGAAGUAGGCUACAAGAGGCCAUUCUUUCAAACAAGCAAGGAUUUCCCCCCGAUGCACCGCUUGGCAACGUUGGCAAUAUUCCCUUCUACUUGGUGGGAGAUGAAGCGUUUCCCUUAAAGACCUACAUGAUGCGGCCAUAUCCCCGGAAAAGUCUUCACCCAUUUUUGGCUGCUAGCACGGAGGAGGAGCAGUUACAUGGUGACCAAGGCGAUUCUGCAUUGACGAGCCACUUCGCUGAGCCCCACAGCAAAAGGAUAUUUAACUACCGUCUGAGCAGAGCCCGUCGGGUCAUAGAGAAUGCCUUCGGCAUAAUGGCACAAAAGUGGCGCAUCCUGCGCCGCCCGUUCAAAGCUAAGGAUGACAACAUGAGAAGAAUUAUCUCUGCUUGUGUCGUUCUGCACAACUUCCUGCUCAAGGAGUCCCCCACUUCCCGGUCUGCAUACUGCCCUCCUGGAACAGCUGACCACCUAGACUGGCAAGGAAACAUCACUGAAGGCAGCUGGAGGGCCGAGGAUAGCAGCAACACUGCACUGCCGCCACUGCGUAGCACAGGCUGUCACUCAACCAGAGCUGCCUACAGAGUGCGAGACCUCCUUGCCAAGUACUUCGUCACUGAUGGCAAGAUCCCUUGGCAAGAGUACAUGAUCAAGGACAGAACACUGUGCAGUGGUGUUACGGGGAGUGGUGAUGCCCCUGCUCCUGAAAGCUCAUCCUGAGAACUUGCGUCAUAAGUGGCAUCCUCCAGCUGCGGUGUCUCUGCAACCUCCGUGCUGCCCUCUGUGCUCGUACUUGGGCGAUCCAAGUUUGGUGUUCUGUGUUGUGUCAUUGACAAAAACAA